ACCAAACACCUUUUCCCAAACAUACAAGGAAAAGGUCAAAACAAAACUCAAUCUCAAAACCAAACAGAAUAGGCCUAAAACACAAAACAAACUCAAAUAAAAUUCAAGUCAUAUUCUAACAUGAAUAUUAUAAUGCAAAACAUAGAUGGAUAGAUCGACCCAACCCCAUUUGGCCACUUGGUAGAUUGGAGGAUAAGGUGGUGUGAGGUUGUCAGUGAUGGCUUGCUGCAGCCCUCGUGGGCGAUGACUUGUAAAUAAUGACAGGCCGGCGCCGUGUCCGGAGCGAAUUGAAAGUUUAGAGAAUCAAACGCAAAGCAAGACUGGUUCAGGCAUUUUCACGAACAGUUUGCGUGCUAACAAGGGGAAUGAAUCUACCCGAUGCGAUUCCGAACAGUCCAAAAAUGAGACCUGAGGGCGGCGACGCCGUGAAUGCGAGAAAGGUUACUUGAGACGGUAGCUGCCUUUUGAAGAUUGAAGAUGGGGAAAUGGUGGUUCCGUGUUUUCUUCUUCAAACUCUUCCUUUUGUAUCCAAUCUCAUCGCCGAACUGGUCAGCAGGCUUAUCGUGUGAGGAAAUCCAAAUCCUAGCUUGUUUGCUCUGAAUUCUGAUGAUUUUGCAACCGCCAGAAUGGAGUUAAAGAUUUGUCAAUGUGACCAUAAGUCCAUAACCAUCUUUUGGAGAAUGCUUCGCAUGGAAAUUACAAAAUGAAUGGGUUAAAGACACAUUUGGUCACUAAGAUUACUAAAUCGGGACAUAUUUAGUCACUAUAAAAUGUUAAUAUCAAAUUUGGUCACUAUAAUUACUAAAACAGGACACAUUUCGUCACUCGCCGUUAGUUGCCGUCCAACUCCGUUAACAGAGUCCGUUAUGUGCUGACGUGGCUAACGUGAGCGCCUAGUCAGCGCUUUUUUGGUCAGGAAAUGGUCAAACCCGACCCGACCCGCCACGUCAGACAUCCAACACAAACCAUUAACCCAACCCGACCCAGAAAUAAACCCCAACCCACUUAAAAAAACAAAUCAGUUUCCAUUUGCAGACCCAAAAACCCUUCUCCUUCCUCUGUCAUCCAAUCCCCACUCCACGACCACCCCCGCCAUGUCAGCCCAACCGCCGCCGUCGGCGAUCAUAAGUGCUUAACCCAUCUAAGAGAAUCACAGAUGUAAAGAAAAUCUCCUUUUCUCCAACCAAGCUCAUCCCUCUCUCUUUCUCCACUCUCUCCACAGUCUAACAAGUCACAACCACCAUUUCACUCCUUCUUUCACAACUUCAAUUCGGUUCCAUGGCCUGCAAUUCCAACCACGGCGGCGGCUGCGCAAGAAAAUAGAGUGACUAAUGGAAGGCAACAGUAGUAACAGUGCAGUAGGCAGAGCACUAAUGUACAACAAUGCUUCAUCAUCCGAGAGCCAGCAGAACCAUCUUUUCCGACAACAAUAAUCUCCAUUGGCUUCCCCAAACGGUAAUUUCAGCAAUUCCAAUGACGGCCAACAGAUCCCCAGAUCUGAUUAUCACCACCACCAUAUAAAUCCUUACCCAACAACCUUCGUCCAGGCAAAUACCUCAACUUUCAAGCAAGUCGUACAAAUUCUCACCGGAUCCGCCGACACAGCCAAACAAGCCUCCUCCCCAAGAUCCUCUGCCACCGCCGCCAGCGAUGAGGGGCAUCACCCAUUUCCCCAUUCCUCCCAUCAGAAGCAUACCCAACAAGAAACAACAGCAGCAGCAACUCUACGAGAGGAGGAGCAACAGCUUCAAGCACUCUAGCCUCAUGAUCAACACUCUGCUUCUAGGCGCCGGACGUUUCGACUUCCAUUCCAAUCUCAUCUCGUCUUCUUCCCCUUCCUCCGCCUCCGUUGCGGAGAUCUUGUCGCCGAGCUUGCUGGAUUUCCCCAAGCUGACGCUGAGCCCAGUGACUCCGUUGAAUCAAGACACAUUCUUCCACAAUAACGGCGCCCUGUCACCCUACCCCUCAUCGGCGGGGAACUGCAGCAGUAACAGCAGCUCAUCCUCAUCGUUGGAGGAGGAAGACCGGGCGAUUGCGGGAAAGGGGUUCUUUCUGCAUCUCUCUCCGGUGUCGACCCCGAGAGAAUCCGAGCCUCAGCUGCUGAAUCUGUUCCCUCUGACGUUGCCGAGGGCAGAGGAAUCGCAGCCCUAAAAAUUUUCUUUACAUCUGUGAUUCUGUUGGACGGCGGGGGUGGUCGUGGAGGUGGGAUUGGAUGAUAGAGGAAGGAGAAGGAAACUGAUCAGUUUUGUUCUUUAAGUGGGUUAGGGUUUAUUUCUGGGUCGGGUUGGGUUAAUGAUUUGGGUUGGAUGUCUGACGUGGCGGGUUUAGUGACGUGGCGGGUCCGGUUGGACCGUAUCCGGCCGAAAACGACGCUGACUAGGCGCUCAAGUUAGCCACGUCAGCACUUAACGGACUCUGUUAACGGAACUGGACGGCAACUAACGGCGAGUGACUAAAUGUGUCCCGUUUUAGUAAUUACAGUGAUCAAAUUUGAUAUUAACAUUUUCUAGUGACUAAACAUAUCCCGAUUUAGUAAUCUCAGUGACCAAAUGUGUCUUUAACCCCAAAAUGAAUGGAGUUAAAGAUUUUGAAUACAAAAUUAGGCCAAGGAUAGAAUCAUAGAAAGAAAAAAAGAUGCAUCGUCAUUUUCUCUACAAUGAACUUAAAACUUGUAUUUGAGACUAUCAAAAAAAAAAAUUCAAAAGAUAUCAUAUAUUGAUCACAAAAAAAUAGAUAGUUACACCCUGGAAACCAGUCAGGCCCGGAAAUCAAAGAAGCAACACAUAGUCGGAUACAAAGAGAGGGUUUUUCUAGCUACUGAAUGAGCUACCCUAUUGUUCUCCCGACCUAUAAAUCGCACACUAAACUCAGGCCGGGCGCGAAAAUAAUGACAUAUCUCUUCCAGGACAGCACCCAACCGGUUAUCCCUUGUGUCGGCUUGAUUAAGCUUAUCAAUAAUCACCUUGGCAUCGCCCUCGAACCGGACCGCCGACAAGCCACACUCCAAACACCAAAUAAUAGUCUCCCGAAGCACGAGCAAUUCCACCACUGCAUGCUCAUAUAAUUGAGGAAACUGAACUCCCUUAGCCAGAAGGAGCGUCCGCUCCGGGGUUAGAAUAACCAUCCCACCAGCCGAAUGUGACCCACUCUUAGUGGCCCCAUCCCACAUACAAAUCAACCGUGAAUCACCCACUUGAGUUACUGGUUGAACCAACAGACACUCCAACCUAGGGGCCUGAUCCAUUGGCAAGCCCACCCAUUCCUCAUAUUGUUGGUUAAAUUGUCGCAUGAGCGUCGGGAUCCCAAAUUGUUUACCUUCAAAGACAACCCAAUUACGAGACCGCCAGAUUUGCCAAAGGAUGGCAACAACAGCCAUAACCAUCGAGGGUUGAUGGAUCAACGCCAGCAGACGUUUGAGGAAUAAAGGAAAGGAGCGCCGAGGCAAACCCUCUCCCAAGUAUUCUAGCCCUGAAUAAUCCCAGAGAGCCCGCGCAACCGGACAAUAAAGAAACAGAUGUUUCAUCGUCUCCGGGCCAUCCCAGCAAACUGGACAUCGCGGCAGCACAGGAACCUUUUUCUCAAUAAGCGCCUCCGUAGUUGGUAGAGCCCGAUUAAGAAUUUGCUAGACAAAGACCUUUAUCUUCGGAGGAAUCUUAGCUUCCCACACCCUGAUCCAACUUGGCUUAUCCAUCCAACUAGCCGAGGAUCGCCACCCACCCCUCCUCCUGUCCAAAUCUACAGCUAAAUGGUAAGCCGACUUUACCGAAAAAACCUCGUCUGUCGUGUUAUGCCAAAUAAGCUUGUCAGCUACAUUCCGUCGCGGAAGUGGAAUAACCUUAAUGGCGCCGUAGGUAGGCGGUCAAACCAUAGACUAAGCUUAUCAUCAGACCAUCGACCUUCCCCUUCACAAAUAACCUCCGCCACCAAGGGAUCACCCCAACCUGGCAGGAUCAACGGAUUAUAGCAAGGGGGAUCGAGUUGGUAUCCAGGAAUCCAGUUAGAGUGGAGAAGAGAGGCCGAUUGGCCAUUGCCAACCAGUCAUCUUAAACCCAUCUCCAAUAACUGUCGCUCAUAGAGGAUACUCUACCACCCCCAUGAGGGGCGUGAUCUAGCCGUCGCCCUCAGGAAUGAACCUUGAGGGAAGUA